AUGAAAAGAGAUGGAGAAGAGAAAACUCCUAUAGAAAAAAGUGAAGAUAAUAAAAGAUUUAAAGGUCAAAAUAACAAUAAUUUUAGAGGUAGAAAUAACAACAAUAAUAAUCAACAGAAUAAAAAUGAAGAAAAAGAUUUAGUUUUCAAUGACCCAGAAAUAAAAACAUUAUUUUCAGCAUACAGUAAGAAAUUGGAUGAGGAUAAUGAUAGAAGAGAAAGAAUUGUUAAAAGUAGUAGAGAUAUAACCAUUCAAAGUAAAAGAGUUAUAUCGUUAUUGCAAAGAGCAGUAUGGGAAGAUAAGAAUGAAAUUAUUAAACAAUCAAAACAAAAUUUACAACCAAUUUAUAAACUAUUUGAAGUUAUUAUUAAAGAGUUGGAUCAACAGGAAUAUUAUAAAUUUCAAAGAGCAUUUUCGAUGGGUAUUCAAGAGUUUGUCGAAGCAGUUUCAUUUCAAUAUUAUUUAGAACACUCCUCACUCAUUUCAGUCGAUGAAAUAAUAAAUCCAAUGAAAGAGUCAUUGGGAUUAGAAUCAUUAGGCCAAUUUUCAAUUUCAUUAGAAGACUAUGCAUUGGGUAUUUGCGAUCUUAGUGGUGAGCUUAUGCGUUAUGCCACAAACCUUUGUACAAAGCAAAAGAUUGAUGAAUGUUUUAAUAUAUGUAGUUUUGUUAGAGAAAUGUCAAAUGGUUUUAAAAAGUGUCAUUUAAAUAGAGAUAUUUCAAGCAAAAUGAAUACAAUGGAAGAUAGUUUAAAGAAAAUUGAAAAAUUAUGUUUUAGUAUUAGAGUUAGAAAAUCAGAAUUUCCAAAUGUUGAUAUUUUACUUGGUAGCGAUAGUAUGAACGAACCAAUGAAUAUAGAAAACUAA